GGACCGAGCAGGGGCGGGGCGGCCGGGCGCCCUGCGGCGGCCUCGCCGUGCCUAGGCUGGGGCGGGCGUCCGUGACGCUCAGUCGCGCGGGGCCGGCGGGGAGCGCGAGCGGCGGCGGCGGCGGCGGCAGGAUGAACAGCAUCAAGAGCGUGCCGGCGCGGGUGCUGAGCCGCAGGCCGGGCCACAGCCUGGAGGCCGAGCGCGAGCAGUUCGACAAGACCCAGGCCAUCAGCAUCAGCAAAGCCAUCAACACCCAGGAGGCCCCCGUGAAGGAGAAGCAUGCCCGGCGCAUCAUUCUGGGCACUCACCAUGAGAAGGGCGCCUUCACCUUCUGGUCCUACGCCAUUGGUCUGCCACUUCCCAGUAGCUCCAUCCUCAGCUGGAAGUUCUGCCACGUCCUGCACAAGGUGCUCCGAGACGGACACCCAAAUGUGCUGCAUGACUGCCAACGCCAUCGGAGCAACAUUCGGGAGAUCGGGGAUCUGUGGGGACAUUUGCAUGACCGCUACGGGCAGCUGGUGAACGUUUACACCAAACUCUUGCUGACCAAAAUCUCCUUCCACCUCAAGCACCCCCAGUUUCCCGCGGGCCUGGAGGUGACAGACGAGGUGCUAGAGAAGACCGCUGGGACCGACGUCAACAACAUUUUCCAGCUCACUGUGGAGAUGUUUGACUACAUGGACUGUGAGCUGAGGCUUUCUGAAUCAGUUUUCCGGCAGCUCAACACAGCCAUUGCUGUGUCCCAGAUGUCCUCGGGCCAGUGCCGCCUGGCGCCCCUCAUCCAGGUCAUCCAGGACUGCAGCCACCUCUACCACUAUUCCGUGAAGCUCAUGUUCAAGCUGCACGCCUGUCUUCCAGCUGACACCCUGCAAGGCCACAGGGACCGGUUCCACGAGCAGUUUCACAGCCUCAGAAACUUCUUCCGCAGAGCCUCGGACAUGCUCUACUUCAAGCGGCUCAUCCAGAUCCCCCGGCUGCCCGAGGGACCUCCCAACUUCUUGCGGGCCUCGGCACUGGCUGAACACAUCAAGCCGGUGGUGGUGAUCCCCGAGGAGGCCCCUGAGGAUGAGGAGCCGGAGAAUCUCAUCGAGAUCAGCACGGGGCCCCCGGCUGGGGAGCCAGCGGUGGUGGCUGACCUCUUCGAGCAGACGUUUGGACCCCCCAAUGGCUCCUUGAAGGAUGAUAGGGACGUGCAGAUCGAGACCCUGAAGAGAGAGGUGGAGACGCUCCGCGCGGAGCUGGAGAAGAUCAGGCUGGAGGCCCAGCGCUACGUGUCGCAGCUGAAGGGCCAGGUGAAUGCGCUGGAGGCAGAGCUGGAGGAGCAGCGCAAGCAGAAGCAGAAGGCGCUGGUGGACAACGAGCAGCUCCGGCACGAGCUGGCCCAGCUGCAGGCCGCCCAGCGGGAAGGCGAGCGCAACCAGGGCCUGCGCGAGGAGGCUGAGAAGAAGGCCAGCGCCGUCGAGGCGCGCUACCACAAGCUCAAGGAGAAGCACAGCGAGCUCAUCGGCACACACGCCGAGCUGCUCCGGAAGAACGCGGACACGGCCAAGCAGCUGACGGUGACGCAGCAGAGCCAGGAGGAGGUGGCGCGGGUGAAGGAGCAGCUGGUCUUCCAGAUGGAGCAAGUGAAACGGGAGGCGGAGGUGAAGCUGGAGGAGCAGAGUGACCUGCUGGAGAAGCUCAGGAAGGAGCUGGAGGCCAAGGCCGGAGAGCUGGCGCGCGCGCAGGAGGCGCUGACCCGCACCGAGCAGAGCGGGUCGGAGCUGAGCUCGAGGCUGGACACGCUGAGUGCGGAGAAGGCGGCGCUGAGCAGCGCGGUGCAGCGGCGGGACGCGGACCUGCUGGCGGCCCAGGGCCUCGUGCGCGAGAAGGAGGCGGCGCUGAGCUGCGAGCGGCAGCGCAGCUCCCAGGAGAGGGCCGAGCUGCGGGGGCAGCUAGCCGGCAAGGAGUCUCAGGAACAGGAGCUCCGGCGGAGGCUCCUGGACCAGCAGUUCGAGGUGCUGCGGGGCACGGCCGCCGAGGCCGAGCGCAUCCUGCAGGACGCCGUGGCCAAGCUCGACGACCCCCUGCACCUGCGCUGCACCAGCUCCCCAGACUACCUGGUGAGCAGGGCCCAGGCCGCCCUGGACGCCGUGAGCGCCCUGGAGAAGGGCCAUGCCCAGUACCUGGUCUCCAGGUCAGACGCCUCCGCGCUGGUGGCAGCCCUGACCCAGUUCUCCUACCUGGCUGCAGACACCAUUGUCAACGGCGGUGCCACCUCCCAUCUGGCCCCUACCGACCCCGCGGACCGCCUGGUCGACAGCUGCAGGGAGUGUGGGGCUCGCGCUCUGGAGCUCAUGGGGCAGCUGCAAGAACAGCAGACUCUGCCCCAGGCCCAGCCCAGCCUGGUGCGGACCCCCCUGCAGGGCAUCCUGCAGCUGGGCCAGGAGCUGAAGCCCAAGAGCCUGGAUGUGCAUCAGGAGGAGCUUGGGGCCAUGGUGGACAAGGAGAUGGCGGCCACAUCUGCAGCCAUCGAAGAUGCUGUGCGGAGGAUCGAGGACAUGAUGAACAAGGCCCGCCAUGCCAGCUCUGGGGUGAAGCUGGAGGUGAAUGAAAGGAUCCUCAAUUCCUGCACAGAUCUGAUGAAGGCCAUCCGGCUCUUGGUGACAACAUCCACCAGCCUACAGAAGGAAAUCGUGGAGAGCGGCAGGGGGGCAGCCACGCAGCAGGAGUUUUAUGCCAAGAACUCUAGGUGGACUGAAGGCCUCAUCUCCGCCUCCAAGGCCGUGGGCUGGGGAGCCACGCAGCUGGUGGAGUCGGCGGACAGGGUGGUGCUGCACACGGGCAAGUACGAGGAGCUCAUCGUCUGCUCCCACGAGAUCGCAGCCAGCACGGCCCAGCUCGUGGCGGCCUCCAAGGUGAGGCUCGGUGAAGGCGGACAAGCGCAGCCCCCACCUGAGCCGGCUCCAGGAGUGCUCCCGCAGCGUCAACGAGAUGGCCGCCAACGUGGUGGCCUCCACCCAGUCCGGCCAGGAGCAGAUCGAAGAACGAGACACCAUGGACUUCUCGGGCCUGUCCCUCAUCAAGCUGAAGAAGGAGGAGAUGGAGACCCAGGUCCGCGUCCUGGAGCUGGAGAAGACGCUGGAGGCCGAGCGCGUGCGGCUGGGGAUGCUGCGGAGGCAACACUACAUGCUGGCUGGGGCCAUGGGGACGCCCGGUGUGGAGGAUCUUGGCCGACCACGCGCUGCCGCCCGCAGCGGGGCCUCCAAGAAGCCACCUCUGGCCCAGAAGCCCAGUGUGGCCCCCCGGCAGGACCACCAGCUUGACAAAAAGGAUGGCGUCUACUCAGCUCAACUCGUCAACUACUAGGCUCCUGGAGCGUCUGCUGGGGAGGCUAGUGAGCAGGCCUGGGCCUUGUGUGGCUGCCCCGACUUGGCUCAGGAGCCUCCAAGGGGUGCAGCCCCCAGCCCCACGGCCAGGGUCGGUGUCCCCGAGGCCCCCAGCUCUGGCUGAACCCAAAGGAUCAGGGAUCGGGGCGGUUCUCCUGGACAUGAGUCUAUCUGCAACGGGCACUGGUGAGAGCAGCCAGAACGUAGCAGGCCUGACCCACAGGCCUUCAGGAAAUAUAUGGAACUUUUGUAAUCUGAGUUAGAGCUUUCCUUCAUGAGUUUGGAUUCACCCUGGGAAGCAGGGCCCCUGGAGAGGGUGUUUGGGCAGGACCUCCCUGCCUUUUGAACUCAAGGUCUGAAAAACCAGUCCUUGCUGGCUGCCAGGGUCAUAGGCAAGAUGUCACCUAGUUGUAGCCUUCUUGGGGCACGGAUUCCAUGGAGACGGGCCCGGGCUGGUCUCAGGCAAAGCAGACCGCUCUAGAGCGGGCCGGGGUACUGCCCAGGCUCCUUGGGCCUCCCUCUGAGGCCUCGGUGAGGGGAGCACAGAGGAUGUGCCCUGAGUCUGGGGGCAGCGGCCAGAGCCCCCAGCUGGUGGGCACAGGUGCUGGCCUGCUGUCCUUCCCAGAGUCUCUCUCUGCUCCCAUCUGGGGCGACCCUCCUGUUUCCUGGUUUUCCUGCCCCUGCUCACUGUUUCUGCCCUGGAGGCCCUGUUGCGCAUGUUUCCCAUCGCCCACCCCCUCUCCACCCCACCCUGCCCUCCGCCAGGCCCAGGGCACCUUGUGCCCCCCCCAGGGAGGGGGCCACCCGGCAGCCCCACUCCCCCCUUGGCCUGCCUGGCCCCAUUUGGAGGAUUUGCAAGAACCUGUGUUCCUGGAGUCCCCAGCCCGACGCCAGGGAGGCGUGGGGAGGAAAGGACAAGCAGCUUGGGCCCCGUGAACUUCCCCAUCCCACAAUGGUCCGGUCCCAUCCCGGUCUGGAGAGGAGUAAAAGGACCAGCUCUUCUGCUUUGCCCUUAGUAUUACCUUGUUGGAAGAGUCAGAUUGGCAAUAAAAUGCACUUGGACUGUU